UUCUACUCUUUUUCUUCUCUGACCUUUUUUUGCUGAGCAAAGACAAGCUCCCGUGCUACUUGUUGUAUUUAUCCUCCCAGCCGAUAGCGAAUAUGGUGCUUAUGAAGUUUACGACCCCGGAGCGUGUAUGCUACGACGACAGCAACACCGACCGCACAUUCUUUGUCGUCGCACGGCCUGGAACCACCUCGCAGUGGCGCACCAAGCCCAGCACCAGCCUUGACGACGUUAUUCAGUAUCAUGAUGUGUUCAGCUUCCGGCGCGGCUCGGGCGAGAUGGCGCGUGUAGCUUCGAAUGACGACCUGCAGCAGGCAUUCAAAACCACAGACAUCGACACGGUCAUUAAGAGCGUUUUGGCGGCUGGCGACGUGAAGUGCAGGGAGUUUGAGCUCGACGUCGACACCCAGGCGACCACCGCUGCGAAUGCCGCCACCGCCGCUGCCUCAGCUGCCACUGAGAGCAUCAGCAACUACGUAUCGUCUAUUUGGGGCGGCUGGGGUGCGUCCAAGUAGAAAGCUGAACCGGGGGGGGGUGAUAUUUCUUCAAGCAAGACUCGGUCUUGCACUCUAUCGUUUCUUGCUGUCA